AUGGAUAAACAGACUACAAAUAAGUUUUUGAUUGGGAAGGGAACAGCUGUGUUGUGUCCAAUUGUGUCCACCUUUUUGAUGGGUUUAUUGAAAAUUGAUGAGAAGAUUAUGCACCACAUACAAUUCACCCUACUUGGCUUUGCUCUUGUCUUCUUUUACUCUCCAAAUAUCUUCUUCUCAUCCCUCUAUCACCUACCAGCACCGUUGCAGAAGAUACACAAACGUUUUCUAGUGACCCACGGAGCCAUGAUAUUUUUUUUAAUUCGAAACUAUAAAGCAGAGACCGCCGAGAUUUGUUUUAUGCAAGCUGUUAUGUGGAUUUGGUCAUUUGUGGCGAUCCAUGAGUUUUCGAGUGUUUAUGGGAUUGAUUUGAGAUCGAGGGAGGAUUUUUUGAAUUGGGAUUACGAAGAGGAGCAAGACACUCCCGCUCCUGGGGCCGACCACAAUUUUCCAGUCGUGGAACAAGAAAUCCAAAAUGAUGGUCGAAACAAAGAAGAGCAAGAUCCACUACACGAUAGUUUUCGCCUCAUGAAUAUCCCAAGGUAUCUAGAAGCACUACUCGAACGUCUUUGGAAUAUGAAGCAGCUCAAGAAGACCUCAAGCGGAUAUGAAUGCAAAAUCUGUCUUCUCGACUACAGUACCACCAGGAUUCCGAAAAUUCUCAGCAAGUGUGGACACACGAUUUGUGAGAAGUGUGCUGGUCAAUUGUUGAAAGAUGGUACUAGCAUUAGAUGCCCAUUCUGUCGGGAGAGUACUGUAGUGCAAGGCACCGUGCAGCAGAUGCCAAAGAACUACGAGUUGAUGGAAGUUAUUGAGAUUUAA